AUGGCCACUUUCCAGGGCGAAGGUCCAUUCCGGAUUCUGGUUAUCAACCCCAAUACCUCCACACAUAUGACGGAGGCCCUGAAGCCCAUCCUCCAGCGCCUCAACCACUCCGAUGUUCAAUUUGACUACUUCACCGCACCCAACGAAACAUUGAUCCUCGAUGGUCGUGUUUGCGAGCCAAUUGCCAGCAUCAACAACGGCGAGGAAUCGGCGCAAUCGGCACUGAAUUGCUCUUCGGUUCUAGAAAAGGUUGCGCAAUACGAUGGGUUUUUGGUGGCAUGCUACUCCGCCCAUCCGCUUGUGGGUAUGCUGCGCCAGAGGAUCAAGGAUACAGAGCAGUCCACCACUUCUCAAAGAACAAAAUAUGUGACCGGCAUUUUUGAGGCGAGCGUCACAGCUUCUCUGUCUCUGAUCAGUGGAUUUGACUUUGCGACACCUGGUGCCUUACAAAAGAAACAAGCUGACGAUACAUUUGGCAUCGUCACAACAGGAAGUGCUUGGAAAGAUGAGCUCAACAAGGCGGUUACAGAUAUGCUAGUUGGGUCAGGGCUCCCGUCUUCUGGGCGUUUCGCAGGCACCGAGACCACUGGACUGACUGCCGUCGAGCUCCACACAACGGCGCCGGGUAAAGUGAGGAAGAAGAUUAUCGAAGCUACACAGCGACUACUUCUGAACGCACCCAGUCCUGUCCGCGCAGUCUGUCUUGGCUGUGCCGGUAUGGCAGGCAUGGAGGAAGCCGUCAGGGAGGGCUGCAUUCAGGCGUAUGGGGCAACUGAGGGCUCUAGGGUACGGAUUGUCGAUGGUGUUGUUGCUGGUGCCGGGAACUUGGUGACCGCGUGCAAGGCCGGGGAAAUCAUCACGAUUCAAGCCGGCCAGUGCGGCAACAGCGUCGGCAGUCAAUUCUGGCAGCAGCUGUGUCAAGAGCACGGAAUCAACCAAGACGGAAACCUUGAGGAUUUUGCGACCGAGGGUGGAGAUCGCAAAGAUGUUUUCUUCUACCAAAGUGACGACACCAGAUACAUUCCUCGAGCGAUUCUUCUCGACCUAGAACCCAGAGUUCUCAAUGGCAUCCAAACCGGUCCUUACAAAAACAUCUACAACCCUGAGAACUUCUUCAUCGGUCAACAAGGCGUCGGCGCCGGAAACAACUGGGGUCUUGGAUAUGCGGCGGGAGAAGGCGUGCAGGAGGAGAUUUUUGAUAUGAUCGACCGAGAGGCGGACGGCAGUGAUUCGCUAGAGGGUUUCAUGCUGUUGCAUUCAAUCGCAGGAGGCACAGGAUCCGGACUUGGCAGUUUCAUCCUGGAACGGAUGAACGAUAGGUUCCCCAAGAAGUUGAUCCAGACCUACUCUGUCUUCCCGGAUUUGCAUUCGGAUAUUGUUGUCAACCCUUACAACAGUUUACUCGCCAUGCAGCGUUUGACUCAGGAUGCGGACUCAGUGGUCGUUUUGGACAAUGGUGCUCUUUCAAGAAUUGUGGCUGAUCGACUUCACGUGCAAGAACCUUCUUUCCACCAAACGAACCAGCUGGUUUCAACGGUGAUGUCGGCGUCUACCACCACUCUUCGAUACCCUGGUUACAUGCACAAUGACCUGGCGGGCAUCAUUGCUUCGCUGAUCCCGACGCCACGCAGCCACUUCCUGCUCCCGUCGUAUACCCCAUUCACCGGCGACAAUGUCGAGCAGGCGAAGACGGUGCGCAAAACUACGGUGCUGGAUGUAAUGCGUCGCCUGUUGCAGCCCAAGAAUCGCAUGGUGUCGAUUAACCCUACCAAAUCCAGCUGCUAUAUCAGCAUUCUCAACAUCAUCCAGGGCGAGGCCGACCCCACGGAUGUGCACAAGUCCCUGCUCCGUAUCCGCGAACGUCGCCUGGCCUCCUUUAUCCCAUGGGGACCUGCCAGCAUUCAGGUGGCGCUCACCAAGAAGUCACCUUAUCUGCAGCAUACCAACCGAGUCAGUGGACUGAUGCUCGCGAACCACACGUCCGUCGCAACCCUGUUCAAACGCAUUAUCCAGCAGUACGACCGUCUGCGCAAGCGCAAUGCCUUCUUGGAACCGUACAAGAAGUCCUCGGCAUUCUCGGAGGACCUGACGGAAUUCGACGAGGCGCGGUCCGUGGUCAUGGACCUGAUCGGCGAAUACGAGGCUGCCGAGCGGCCAGACUACUUGGAUCCCGAUGCCGGCAAGGAGAAGGAGGCCGCGCAACCGCCCUCUGUGCCGAUCCAUUUCACUCAGCCUCAACCAACCCCGAAAUAA